AUGGUGGGGUCAACAUCCUCUAUCGCGGGGACUCCCACAAUUUCCUUUGAUGUCAAAGACUUGGACGGAGUCACCCACCCCCAUGAUGACCCGCUAGUGAUUGAGGCUGUGGUUGCAGACUACAAGGUCAAACGAAUCCAUGUGGAUGGAGGUAGCUCGGCGGAUCUCCUGUUUUACCCUGCUUACCUCUCCCUGGGGUACCGCCCAGACCAAUGCCGGCCCGCCAAAAUUUGCUUGGUCGGUUUCUCAGGAACUCAGGUACCCGUGAUCGGGACGCUCCCACUACGUGUUCGUGUUGGAGAAGGGGACCAAAUUGCAGAUACUGUCACCAACUUUCACAUCGUAGAUUGCCCAUCAGUAUACAAUUGCAUUCUAGGCCGACCUUUUUUACAUAAACUCCGAGCAGUCCCCUCCACAUUCCACCUCCGCCUUAAGUUUCCAACAAACACUGGCAUUGGAUGUGUUCGGGGAGAUCAAGCUCUUGCCAAACAGUGUUGCACACUUUCUUUACAAAAGAAAGCAGUUGUCAACAUUGACGCCCGAGAAGAAGGCAUUUGUCCCGUUCUCGUUGACCCCGAUGAAGAUUUUCCUAUCUCCGAGGUGCACACUGUCCGCAUAUCUACAGCAUGGCCUCGUGAGGCACUUCAAUCUCUUUUGACACUUCUCCAAGAGUUUGAAGAGGUUUUUGCCUGGGGUCCAGAGGACAUGCCCGGUGUCGACCGCCGGGUGGCAGAACAUGCGCUUGGAAUUGCACCUAGAAGCCGCCCCAUCCAACAAAAGCGACGCAAUUUUUCUUGGGAAAGACGCCAAGCAGUGGCGGAAGAAGUCUCAAGGCUUCUCAAAGCAAAAUUCAUUCAGGAAGUUCUCUAUCCAACAUGGCUCGCAAACGUGGUAAUGUUGAAGAAGGCAAAUGGCCAAUGGCGAAUGUGCGUCGACUUUACAGAUCUCAACAAGGCCUGCCCCAAAGACCCGUAUCCUCUCUCAAAGAUUGAUCAGCUGGUCGAUGCUACUGCCGGCCACCGAUUUCUCAGCUUCCUAAAUAUGUUCUCAGGGUAUCAUCAAAUCCCCAUGAGAAAGGAGGACCAAGAGAAAAUUGCAUUCAUGACACCUGUGGGCAACUAUUGCUACAAGGUGAUGCCUUUUGGGCUAAAAAAUGUCGGUGCCACAUACCAGCGAAUGGUGGACCGUGUUUUUGCCCGUCAGCUAGGGAGAAAUCUGGAGGCUUAUGUCGAUGACAUCUUGAUAAAAAGCAAGGGUGUAGAUGAGCACCUAGAGGACUUGAGGGAGUCCCUCAACACUAUGCGCCUAUACGACCUUCGCCUUAACGCAAAGAAGUGUGUCUUUGGGGCCACCGCCGUGAAGUUUCUUGGUUUCAUGCUCACUCAAAGGGGUAUCGAGGCCAACACACGUCAAAUCGAUGCCAUUCUCCAAAUGUCACCACCAACCAAAGGAAGGGAAGUCCAAGUCCUCACGGGACGGAUUUCCGCCCUCAACCGAUUCAUCGCCUGUUCUGGAGAUCGGUGCGCUCCAUCUUCGCUACUCUCAAAGGGGCUAGUAAGACCUUUUUAUGGACACCUGAGUGGGAGAAGGCAUUCGAAGAAUUGA